AUGCAGCGCCAAACGUUGACUCUGCUUUCUCUUUUCGUAGUGGCGCUUCUGCACAACACGGUUCGUGCAGCUGAUGGCGACACAUGGUCGCUGUAUUGCAACGGAGGCGGCACUGUUCCUCGCGACACAUCGUAUACGUGCUUUGAGUCGGACGACGGCGUCGCUGUCGUGAACUCGCUCGAAAAUGGAGUGCUCGACUUGAACCCGGCUAACCAUAGGCAGUUGGUCGCGGUUUUCGCCGGUCCAAUGGACAGUGGACGUGCCGCUUUUUCGACUGACCGUCACUCGGUGGUUGUCGAAGCCGGAGAUACCCAAAGCGGUUGCUUGUCCUAUUCGAUCAAUAAGCGCAAUGACUUCUCGGAUCUGAUUAGCUUCCUCCACUGUCCGGUCAACGGGCCUCUCGUUAUCGCCAAGUAA